GUUUUUCCAGAUAGGAGCUGUUAUUCUUGCAUUGCAUAAUGCAAAUGAUGUAUUCAUGGAAGCUGCAAAGAUUUGUAAGUACGCUGAGAUAGAACUUGGAGCAAGUGUGUCUUUCGGUUUGUUUGCCUUGUCUUGCCUUGUGCUUAGGCUUAUGUACUUCCC